UCCACGCAUUCGGACGCUUCUUCUGUUACAGGGCGAGUGUGUCCUGGAAAGGAGAUACACAAAGAAUUCACAUAAUCACUUGAACUCUGUGUUCAAUUUUCCUACCCCAGAAGAGGAUCUGCAGAGGGGGUUGCUGCUGGUAUUUAUUUUAGGCAGGCAGCAUAUUCCACUCAUUCAGACUGGAAUACUAGAGAAGUGGGUACCAAGGAGGCAGCAAGAAACUGUGAUCAUGCGGACAUUGGUAUUUAUCCUCUUGAUGGAAAUGGUGGAUGUGAACAUCAGCCAGCAGUACACCCCCUUCCAGUGGCUGUCCCAACUGAGAGGCCGGAAGCAGAACGCAGGCUGGCAGUCUGAGGCUGUGGAUUGCCCCCUGGAGUGUGAUUGUCCAACGGCCUACCCCACAGCUAUGUAUUGUCACAAUCGCAACCUGCAGCACAUUCCCUACGUUCCGUCGCACAUAAAGUAUGUCUACAUGCAGCGUAACCAAAUCACAGGCAUUCAGGAUGGAGUGUUCGACAACGCCACCAACCUGGUGUGGGUGAUUUUGUCGCAUAACCAGCUCAGCUCAGUGAAAAUCAGCGACAGUGUCUUUGUCAAGCUGGGAAGCCUGGAUCGACUCUAUCUGGAUAACAAUGAACUGACCCAUGUGCCUCGUAACUUACCAAGAUCCCUCACCGACCUGAGACUUUCCUACAACAGAAUCACAAAGAUCUCCUCCAAAGUUUUUGAGUCCAUGCCCAACCUCACCACCCUUCAACUUCAAGGAAAUCUCAUAGAAGAGGUAGAAGGUGGGUUAACGGGACUAAGAUCUCUUAUGAUGCUGGACAUGAGCAAAAACAAGCUGAGGAAAAUUCCUGACGGCUUUCCCAAAGAACUCCAACAGCUCUACCUUGGGCACAACAACAUAAAGAGUGUCCCAGCUGGUUUUCUUACCAUGUAUCCCAAUCUGCAAUUUAUCCGCUUGAGUCACAACAGUUUGACUGAUGAAGGACUUCCCUCCAAUGUCUUCAAUACCAGCACACUCAUUGAGCUUGAUCUGUCCUUCAACAAACUGGAGAGGAUCCCUCUUGUUAGCAGGAACCUGGAAAACCUGUACCUGCACGCAAAUAAGAUCAAAGAGUUUUCCCUGAGCAGUUUCUGUGACACGAUCGAUGGAAAAAACUUCUCUAAGCUGAAAGUGCUGCGAUUGGAGGCCAACAAAAUCAGUGUCAGGGACAUUCCUGUUGAAGCUGCCUACUGUUUGAGACUAGUUUCUUCUAUUAAUGUUUAGAACUUUCUGUUCUUUUAUGAGUUGAGUUCAUCUCUAACUUAUACUCUCUUACUGUUACAACGUCUGCUUCAUUGGUCUAGAAAUGUUUUAUUAAAUAGUUAUGCUAUUAACAUUCCAGUGAUAUCAUAAUUCCAGUGUUAGUCAACAGGAAAUACCAGUGUUGUAUAAUCUAAUAUCCAGAUGGCUGUUAGAUAGUCAUAUGAGAGCUGAUGGACUUUCGUUAGAAACAUCCCAAUCUCAGUCACUGGAUUAUGCCAAACCAACACUGUUAGACAUAAUUACACAAUAGCUGAUGAAGAAAAUAUUAAUCACCAUGAAACUGUCAAUCAUUUGUAGAAAAUUUAGUUUUUAUCUUUGCCUCCACCAUGUGGAAUGCCAUAAAACUUCAUGUCAAACAAUGAUUGGUUGUUCUUCUUGCAGACUUCUUUUUUGUCACUUAGUCACUUUGCUGGUUGUACAGUUCAUAAUAUCUUUUAUUCCAAAAUGUAUGCACUGGGUUGAUAUGUUAUUUUGAACUGACUUUAGUUAAUAUGUAUCCAAAUAUUUACUUUGAAGCCCAAAUGAUCUGAUUUUAAUAUUGUUUUAUAAAGUUAAAACUAAGUAAUGCCGUAUAUGCAUGAGAUGCUGAAAGCAAAUGCUACACGAUAAAAAUAAAGCCUUUAAAUUGUUUUUCUUGUUUGAUUUUAUGUCUUUUUUAAUUUGCGAUUAAAUCACAAAUGUUCCAAGCA